UCGGUCAACCAUGUAUACGGAAUAUCAAAUGAAAUACUAGCAUUUCAUGUUUUAUUUUUAUCCGAACAUGUUACCAUAACUUACUUGAAGAAACGUUUUCUGGUGCUUUUCUAUCGCCGGCACUUACUUUUCGUGCACAUUUGGCAAUAUUUAGCACCGUGCGUUCUUCUACACAGGAACACACAUCUGGUAGCCACGCAGAGAUUAUGACGUCACCAAAUACGAUUCCAUGGAACAAUUCGCCUCCAACACCAAACCUGUUCCUUCUGUGUUCAUAACAAAGGAAUAAUAUCGCAAAUAAUGACGAUUGUGACAUUUUGUUGGACCAUUUUGAAUACGUUCCACUUAAAAACAUGUUUGUACCGGUUUGUUCUGGUGGCAAAAUGGGUUGAAACUGUGAAAAUAUUUAUGAGCCGACCGAACGGAAGCGUUGGGAAAUCGGUCUCGAGCGUUCCAUCCACCGGGAUUCCACCCCCUGUUCAGUUGUGUUGUCAUCCUUUACGAAAUGGCUGUGGCUGCUAAUAUAGAUGCUACUACAGGGGGCGUGUCGCCGAGAACUGGAAUGGACUGCGUUACGUUUUGUAGAAUCUGCCAUGCAGACGCCGCCUCUCCCCCGUCUCCGAUGAUAUCCCCCUGUAACUGUGACGGGACCAUGAAGUACGUCCACUCCGCGUGCUUGGAGGAGUGGAUAGUUGCCAGGCUAGCCGGAAACCCGUACAGGGAGUAUGUCGAGUGUGACGUCUGUAAGCGACCUUACGACUUCCACUGGAGCAGGCAACUGUGGUUUGAGAUGUACAAAAGAUCUUCAUGGCUGUACCGCCACCGCUACUGUCUCCUCACCAACAUCCUCAGCUGCCUGCUGAUGUACGCUCUCUUCAAGAUGAUACCACCCAAAGACAACAUCGCCGUCUUAGUGGCCCACACUACCAAGGAGAGGAAGGAAGACUACGAUUUUGUCGGACUCUUUUACGUGUUGUACGUGCACAACAACGCCCCGGUGCUUUUCCUACUGUUCGCCGCCAUGUGUUAUAACUGUAUGGGACCACACUCGCAGCCUGUCAUGCUGCUGGCUAACAUUGCUGUCCUGUACGUCUGUGCCUUGUACAACACCGUGUGCUACCCGGACAUGCGCCCGCCCGAGCCGGUUUCGUUCUACAUGAUCCCGAUCGUUUGGCUUGCCUACGCUCCUAUCGCUCACAUUGCCGCUCUCCUAAUCAUCUGGAUACUUCUGGAUGUGAUGUUGUCCAUCUGGGGCGUGAUUCUGCUCGUGUGUACUGUUUUGGACGUAUUACACUUGACAGGGUACGCGGCCAAUCGGGCUCUCUUUCCGCUGCUUUGCAUCGACGAUGCCCUGGAUGACCUCGGUAACAGGAGGUAUUUUCUGAUACUUCACGCGUUGGGAAGACUUGUUCUACCUGUCGGCAUGUUCUUCUUGCAUGUCAUGUGUUUGUAUGUCAAAAUCGACAUUUGAA